GAAGCCAGGAAAGUGAGGUCUGACCGGAAGUCGAGCUGUUGUGGUGCACAGUGUUUGAGCUGUGUCUCUUAAACAGAUAUUAGUUUCAUUGGAAACAGUUAUAAAUGCGUAUAUAUAAAUAGAGAAGUAGUAAUUAAAGCAGAAAGCUUGCAGUUCAGCAGUAUUUCAGCUGGUUUGAGGAAGCAGAAUGACUGCCAUAAAGCAUGCUCUCCAGAGGGAUAUUUUUACUCCCAAUGAUGAGCGCCUGCUCAGCAUCGUCAAUGUCUGCAAGGCGGGGAAGAAGAAGAAGAACUGUUUCUUGUGUGCCACAGUGACAACGGAGCGUCCCGUGCAGGUGAAAGUGGUGAAAGUGAAGAAGUCAGAUAAAGGAGAUUUCUAUAAGAGACAGAUGGCCUGGGAGCUCCGUGACUUGUCAGAGGUUGAUGCCAAAGAUGCCACCAAGGAGAACCCAGAGUUUGACUUACACUUUGAGAAGGUGUAUCGUUGGGUGGCCAGCAGCACGGCAGAGAAGAACUCCUUCAUCUCCUGCAUCUGGAAGCUGAACCAGCGCUACCUGAGGAAGAAAGUGGAAUUCGUUAAUGUCAGCCCCCAGCUGCUGGAAGAGUCCGUCCCUAGCGGUGAGAGUCAGAGUGUUACCGGUGGUGAUGAGGACGCUCUGGACGACUACCAAGAACUGAACACACGGGAGGAGCAGGACAUUGAGAACAUGAUGAAGGUGUGUGAGUACGCCAUCUCCAAUGCCGAGGCCUUCGCUGAGAAACUUUCCCGAGAGCUGCAGGUCCUGGAUGGGGAAAACAUCCAGUCAAUCAUGGCGUCAGAGAAGCAGGUGAACAUCCUGAUGCAGCUGCUGGAUGAGGCGCUGGCUGAGGUGGAUGCUAUCGAGGGAAAGCUGCUGAGCUAUGAGGAAAUGCUGCAGAGCGUCAAGGAGCAAAUGGACCAGAUCUCUCAGAGCAACCGACUCAUUCAGAUCAGCAAAACCAACAACGGAAAGCUUCUUGAUGAGAUCCAGUUUCUGGUGAACUAUAUGGAUCUGUCUAAAGGGCAUAUCAGAGCUCUACAGGAGGGAGACCUGUCUUCUCCUAAAGGUAUCGAGGCCUGCAUUAAUGCCUCCGAGGCUCUGCUGCAGUGUAUGAACGUUGCACUCCGACCAGGUCAUGAUAAGCUGUUGGCCGUGAAGCAGCAGCAGCUUCUGUUUGCUGAGCUCAGAGACAAUUUUGCCCGUCGCCUCACCAACCACCUCAACAAUGUGUUUGUGCACCAGUUCAACCACUUCAGUCACUUCAAAAUGACCAUUCCUCAAUUCUAUAGGUCGUCCUGUCUGUCACUCCCUGGUCAUGAUCAGAGCUCGACGCUGUCUCAGCACACAGCAGAGCUGACCCUGCCCAAGCACAGCCCACUACACAGAGACCUGCUCAGAUAUGCUAAACUGAUGGAGUGGCUGAAGAACACGCAGAGAGAGAAGUACGACGGCCUGUCCAGGACCUAUGUGGACUACAUGACUAGACUGUACGAGAGAGAAAUCAAAGACUUCUUUGAGGUUGCAAAAAUCAAAAUGGCUGGAACCACCAAAGAAGGGAAGGGAAAGUUUGCCACACUUCCUCGGAAAGAGAGCGCUCUCAAACAGGAGACGGAAAGGAACUGUGAGCACAUGGAGGCAUCUACAUCAUUCCUGGCCAGUCUUCAUGGGAGUUCAGGGAAGCUCACUGGCUCCACCUCCAGUCUCAACAAGUUGGCUGUCAGCAGUUCCAACAGCCGUCGCUCACAAUCCUCGUCUCUGCUGGACAUGGGCAACAUGUCCGCCUCUGACCUGGACGUGGCUGACAGGACCAAGUUUGACAAGAUCUUCGAGCAGGUCCUCAGUGAGUUGGAGCCUCUGUGUCUGGCUGAACAGGAUUUCAUCAGCAAGUUCUUUAAACUGCAGCAUCAGCCAGCGCCAGCUCAGGGAGAAACCAUGGAUGACAUGGAUGGAAUGCUCCAGUCCAGACCAGCCAGUGAGCACAGACACUCCAUAUCAUCAGACAAGGAUAUGGUGCGGCAGAUGAUGAAUAAGAUCUUCCACAGCAUCGAGACGGAACUUAACAGUCUGAUCGCGCUUGGCGAUAAAAUCGACAGCUUCAACUCACUCUACAUGCUGGUGAAGAUGAGCCAUCACGUGUGGACGGCUGAGAACGUGGACCCUGCGUCUUUCCUCAGCACCACACUGGGCAACGUGCUGGUCACCGUCAAGAGGAACUUCGACAAGUGUAUUUCUGGUCAGAUCAGGCAGAUGGAGGAGGUAAAGAUCUCUAAGAAGAGCAAAGUGGGGAUCUUGUCCUUCGUCACAGUCUUUGAGGAAUUUGCUGAACUGGCUGAGACCAUUUUCCGUAACGCAGAGCGACGAGGUGACCUGGAUAAAGCGUAUGUCAAACUCAUCAGAGCUGUCUUCAUAAACGUGGAGAAAGUGGCCAAUGAGAGUCAGAAAACCCCCCGCGAUGUUGUGAUGAUGGAGAACUUCCACCACAUAUUCUCCACUCUGUCACGCCUCAAGAUCUCGUGUCUGGAGACGGAGAGAAAGGAAGCCAAGCAGAAAUACACAGACCAUCUCCAGUAUUAUGUUAUUAACUCGCUGGGUCAGCCACUGGAAAAACUCAAUCACUUCUUUGAGGGGGUGGAGGCGCGCGUGGCUCAGGGUGUGAGGGAAGAGGAGGUGAGCUACCAGCUGGCUUUCAACAAACAGGAGCUCAGGAAGGUGAUUAAAGAAUACCCAGGAAAAGAGGUGAAGAAAGGCCUGGACAAUCUCUACAAGAAAGUGGACAAGCACCUGUGUGAGGAAGAAAGUCUUCUACAAGUGGUGUGGCACUCCAUGCAGGACGAGUUCAUCCGGCAGUACAAGCACUUUGAGGGGCUGAUAAACCGCUGCUAUCCCGGCUCAGGCAUCACCAUGGACUUCACCAUACAGGACAUGCUGGAGUACUUCUCCAGUAUCGCCCAGUCCCACUAGAACUGGAAAAAAAGUGAGAGAGGAAGAGGUGUGUGUGUGUGUGUGUGUGUGUGUGUGUAAAACUGUUGAGGGAUCGAAUACAAUGUUAGCAUUAUGAAAGGAUAUGCAGUGGAGCCUAACCUGUGUACAUACACAAACACUAAAAUCAUUUUUGUCAGUGAAAUGUAUUCAGCAGCUUUUUUUGUUUGUUUGUUUGUUUGUUUGUUCAAAUCUCUGAUUAAAUCACGGCAUAAACACUGGACCCUCCAGUAAAUGUAUAAUAUAUAAUCAGCCUUUUAUUUUUUUUUUUGAGAAGUCACUCACAUUUAAAUCCACAUUAAAUCUGUGUUAAUCUCCUUAACUGAUGCCAAAUGUUAGUAAUAAAAAAAACUCCACAUGUA